UUCCCUUCUCUCAUAUCGCGCGCUCCACCCGCAUCGUCGUUCUUCGGACACGUCUUACAAGGGAUUGUCUGCUAUCUGUCAACUCGUCACUAACCCUCUUAACUCACCUUCCCUCCCCCCUUUCGCCCCCUUUCUUCUUCUAUUCAUUCCUCGCUAUCGACUUUGACCCGACCGCUGGCGGCUACGUUUCAGGGGAUACCAACUAGGCGUGUACUUCCUGGGCGGCAUCAGUGAUUCGGAGGCCUCCAACUGAUUUGAAACUGACGGAUUUGUCUGCCGGUUCUUUUUCUACACCUUUUCUUUCUCGUUUGUGUGUGCUCUCAUCUGGAGGGUUUUUGUCAGACCUGUUCUCUAGCCAGAAAGCGCUUCUCUCCCUGCCUGACUGUGGUAGCGGAAACUCCUAACAGCGCCGCACCCUGUGGUUUUAUCUUCAUCAUCUCUAUCGCUUUGGUUGAAACUAAACUCCCCAUAUCAUUUUACCUGUACUUGGAAAAUCCUGAGACCAGGAGAGAGAAUAUUGCGCGCGCUGUAUCUCCCUCUCAAGAGAUCUCGGUGUAUCAGCUGGUGAAAAAGAAAUUUGUUCCUUUUUGAAGCUGUCUUCGCUUCGGAUUGUACGUAUCAUCGUGCCUCUUUUUUAUCCUUUCUGUUGUACUUUCGCUCUUGCUUUCUCUAUUAUCUCUCCGUUUUUCUUCUUUAAAAAAAGAGUCUUGAAGUGUUUUGCGACAAUCGCUUCAAAAGAUGACCCAAUACAAUCCCCUACUUUCCGGGAUGCUUGCAACAGCUUCUUUUUCUAUCUCAAGUGAAUGAUUACCUUCUUGCUAAUUGACGACCUACGUCUACAGACAUGUACAUCCAGUUGUUUCGUCGAAACUGAACAAGAAUCAUAUCCAGGAGACAAGGACUGUAUUACUUUUCUUUCCCUUUCUACAAUCAAGGAAUCUUUCCCCACGCUCUGAGACACCGAAUCAUACCCUAGCACAAUGGCUACUGAAGAUGACAACUUCGAUAUUGACAUCUAUGGAGAUGGCGGUGGUUACAACGGGAAUGACCAGGGAGAUUACAAGGAGGAAGAUACCAAGCAUGAGGACUCGGAACUCAUCCUAGAUGCGCCCGAGACCACUCAGAACGGAGGCCCCGUGCCUGGAGAUGGUGCCUCUGAAUCCAACCCGAAACAGGAUCAUCCGGCAAACCCGCAACCCGCAAAUGGCGACCAUGUAACACAUUCAGAUGCCAAUCAGCAGCAACAAACGCCAAACCAGAAUCCGCCUCCUCCCCAGGGCGUGAAGCGCAAGGAACACGACGAUCGUCAGACGGACCCUGACGCGACGCCGGCCUUGCUUAUCUCCGACUUGUUUUGGUGGACUACCGAUGAUGAUAUUCGUGGAUGGAUUCGUGAAGCCGAAUGUGAAGACGAGCUCAAGGACGUAACGUUCAGCGAGCACAAGGUGAACGGAAAGAGUAAAGGUCAAGCCUUUGUUGAGUUCACCACCCUUCAGGCCUCGUCCGCCACGAAACACAAGAUCGAAUCGUACGCUCUUUCUGGCCAGGGCGGGCGCAAACAUACCGUCAACUACACCAGUCCCCAACCUAACCCCUUCCGCACGCUACCUAAGGAUGCCCCUAUGAGAAAGGAUAACCAGGCCCGGUCAAUGUCCGGUGGCUUCAAUUCUUCCAACCAGAACAUGAACUUCGGCAUGAACAACAACAUGGGAGGCGGAGGAGGCUUCCGCGGUGGCCGUGGAGGAUUCAACAACCGGGGUGGCAUGGGCAAUAACAUGGGCAACUACGGUAACCGCGGCUUCCAGAAUCCAAUGGGCGGCUUCCAGAACCCCAUGGGCGGCGGCUUUCCCGGAAACCCUAUGGGCGGCAUGCCUAAUUACGGAUUCAACAACCGUGGCGGUAUGAUGGGAGGCGGUAUGCGGGGCGGACCUGGAGGCAUGCGCGGUGGCCGUGGCGGUGGUGGCAUGGGUGGACCGAACAUGAUGGGCAUGCCGGCCAUGAACCCUAUGGGAGGUAUGGGAAUGAACCCCAUGUCCGGUGGCAUGAACCCGAUGAUGGGCGGCAUGGGCGGAAAUAUGGGUAUGCAGGGCGGUUUCCAAGCUCCCAAUCCAGCAUUCAACCAGGGCUUCUUCACCCCCAACCAGGGAGUAGGAGAUGGAUCCUGGAACCCGCACGGCGCUAAGCGCAGUCGCCAAGAGUGAACGCCAUUUUUCUUUUGAACCAAUACAUUCAGUCUAUCGUUGAUCUUCGAUAGUUUCUCAUUGAUUGAAUCUUGGGGGAGUUCUGUUUUUUUAUCUCUGUAUCACAUGUUACAUCUACAUUUUUCUUCUCUGGUUGCUUUUACGGUCUCACGGGAAAUUGGUCUUUGUCAUUCAUCUCAAAUGGGGGUUUUUUUUUUCUUUUCAGCUCUUCUCAUGGUGUAUUAGACAAAUUAAGUGUGUUUCUUUCUUCAGAU